UGGAGAUGAAGAUUGGGGUAAGAAAUAUUUCCCACGAACACCGUUUGGCCAGAAACGACUAUUUCCUCCGAACCGGGUAUACUUCGCCGGCUUUGGACAAAACGAAGGCGACUAUUGCGGGUUCUCCCCACAGUGGACCGACGAUGCACGCUCAGCAUGCUCUCUAUUACAUGGAUCAGGGGCACACUACCUGCAUAUCCUAUGUACAUGUCUCUUCCGCCGCUAAGGGGUAUUCUGUAUAGCCAUAGUUCUUUCCACGAUCACACCGAAGUCAUGUAGGCUAGGGUCGGGGUAAGUACCUACUAGGAACAAUGACCAGUGAUAUCAAAGCAUCCGUCCUCCAUGGAGCGAGAGAUCUCCGAGUUGAAGCCCGACAGCUACCCAAACCGGCCUCCGAUGAAGUCCAAGUAGCCGUGCAGAUGACCGGCCUUUGCGGCUCGGACCUGCACUACUUCCGACAUUUUCGGAAUGGACCGAUCGAGGUGCGUGAGCCGAUAACUUUAGGCCACGAGUCAGCUGGUACCGUUGUUGCGGUAGGCGAGGGCUAUUCCUCUGCACAAUCCAUAAAGGUCGGCGACCGCGUCGCCCUCGAAGUCGGUCUGCCCUGUGAGGUCUGCGAUCUAUGUCGCGGAGGCCGUUACAACAUCUGCCGCGGCAUGAGCUUCCGCAGCUCCGCCAAGGCUUUCCCGCACGCGCAAGGGACGCUCCAGGAUAGGAUUAACCACCCGGCAAGAUGGUGCCAUAAACUACCAGAUACUUUAUCCUUAGAGCAUGGGGCUCUCGUAGAACCCCUGUCUGUUGCGAUACAUGCCCGGAAUCGUGCCGGACUAAAAUCUGGAUCAACCGUUCUGAUCUUGGGUGCUGGUACCGUAGGUCUGCUUUGCGCGGCCGUUAGCAAAGUAGCCGGAGCCAAGACCGUUGUGAUAGCGGAUAUACUCGAGGACCGCGUCAAGUUCGCUGUCGACAACGGAUUCGCCGACGCCGCAUUCACGGUACCGAUCUCAACUCAGAGACCCGAAACUAUCGAAGAUAAAUUGGCAUAUGCACAAGAUCUAGCUGAGAAGCUGAAGUCACUGAAGGUCAAAGGGGGAGUUGAUGUCGUUGGUGACGUAAAUGUAACCUUCGAGUGCACAGGUGUUGAGUCGUGCAUGCAGGCGGCUAUAUAUGCAACGAAACCCGGGGGCAAGGUGAUGAUUAUUGGUAUGGGUAUGCCGGUUCAAACGCUACCCAUAAUGGCUGCGUCUCUCAAGGAAGUUGACUUAGUCGGAGUGUUCCGAUACGCCAACGCAUAUCGCGAAGCCAUCGAGCUACUUGCAAGCGGGAACAAAGUGUUGCCUGACGUUCUGAAACUCGUUACUCACCGAUUUCGAGGCCUUAGCGAUAUGCCUGGCGCUUUUGACACGGCCGCUAAAGUAAAAGACGAAAAGGGGGAUUUGGUUAUCAAGGUCAUGGUAGAUAUGGCGUAGUAGAUAACCCUUUUUAUUCGGGAUAGAUUAGCGGAAUGCCUUCUAAUACAUAAGCCCUCGAGAAUAUGGAUCUGCUAAAUUGUCAGAGACUGAACCUCAUGGAAUCCGAUGCUGUCUACAAUUUGUACUGGUCUAUACUCCCGUCCCCUAUCAAGGAGCCACCCAUUAUGAGCAUCCUAAAAUGGUAUUCCUCCCA